CCCCAUAACUGUGUCUUGCAGCGUUGCAACCGCUGAGGUGAGAUAGUGCUGGGUGCGGUACCUAAACAUCAGCCACAUCAUGCAGCUCCAGGCUCGGCCUCCCAGCGCGCUGCGCGUCGGGGCGACUCGUGUGGCUCGGCGACCCCGCGUCGUGCGCGUGCAAGCGGCAUCAAGCAGGGCUGAAGUCGCAACAGCGGACGAGUCCACUGUGGGUCCCAGUCGCCGCAGCCUGUUUACCAUGACUGCCGGUGCCCUGCUGGCCGGAGUUGCCUCCUCCUCCCACCCAGCUCAAGCUCUCACGUGCGCUUCGGAGACGACUACGGAAGCUGACGAUACCGCCUGCCGGCGUGCCGUACUCAGCAACGACCAGGGUGCCGUUCAGAAUGCGGAGGCGAACUACGGUUCUCUUUCAGAGAAGAAAUUCACCGCUGUGAGUGGAGUGCCCGUUGCCGUACUGGAUAGCGAGUACGUUCGCAGUACAUUGAAGCUACGGGAGGACAUCAUCUCGUACGCGACCUUGGACGUGAACAAUUACCAGGUCCGGGUGCCGUUGAUCAAGACGUUGCGCACGGAGGGCUCCGAUUGGGUGUCCAAGUACGCUCGAGGAGGCAGCGCGCGCACGGACAGCGCCCGGCGCAUGUACAUCGCUGUGGACGCGCUCAUCGGCCAUCUGGCAUCCAACGGGUACGCCCCCAUGCCCAAGCCCAAGCUCAAGGUGGUGCUGGCCAAUGUGGACCAGGCCAAGGCGUUCCUAGAGGAGGGCAAGUGAUCAGCACUGAUGAUGAAGUGAUGGCGACUGGAUGAUGAGCGCACCUGACGUGAUGAGCUCAGACCAGCAGAGGCCCAGCCUAAGGCUGGCGGUUUUGACCCACAGGUCCGCUUUACUGAAGCGUGAAAGGCCCGGCUUUGUAUCUGUUGGCUCAUUCCUGGUAUCAUUCUUGAUGGGGAUGGGUGUCUCAUGGGAUGAGGCUGGACGGUUUUCCGCUUUAGACGGGUCCUUUCGCCCUGUCUUCACGUGGCUAUACGUUGUGAUAUACAUGCUGUAGGUGAGGAUACCGUUUGGCGGAACCGGGAAUGCCGGCCAACACGGCAGGACGUUGUGGAGUGUAGGGCCCUGAUGGGUUUAGGCUGGGUGAGUAUUUAGUCGGGUCCGGAAUGGGAGGCUUUCCGCAGCGUGCGGACGGACUACCACCCGGGGAAAAGGCAUGUGAAGGCAGGCAGCAUAUGAGGAGGGCAGGAUGAGAGCUCUUGUGGCCAAGUGUCAUGUCGGCAUGAUCAACGAGUUUGUGACGGGCUUUGGCAGGGAAGUUGAGAGCGCGAUGUGCGAUGGAUGAUGUUAAGGAUCUCAGGGAACACUUUUGCUUCGCUGUUAAAAUGCGGGUGUCGGAGAGACCGGGCCUUAUGGUGCGAAUCGGUUUUUGAACUUAAUUAACUUCGGGCAACGCCUAGAGGGGCAGU